AAUAGCUUCUCUAACAAAAAGCGACAUUGUAGAGUGAAGCCAUUACUACCCUUACGUCAUUGACUUGCAAUCACACUGAAUCAAUUUCACAUCUUUUCUUUAUCUUCUCCCAACAAAGCUUUGCUUUUUCUUCAAUGGGUUGUGCUGGAUCCUCUCAUUCCAAGCCUGAUGGGACUGUUAAAAAGAUUCGAAAGCCUAAGCCUUGGAAGCAUCCUCAGCCCAUAACAAAGACUCAGCUAAUACAAUUGCGUGACGAGUUUUGGGACACAGCUCCUCACUAUGGUGGCCGGAAAGGUAUUAUCGCAACUUGGGAAAAGAUGGCUGCUGCUGCAGAAGCUGAUCUAUCCUUAGCACAGGCAAUUGUGGAUAGUGCUGGGGUCAUUGUCCAGAGUUCUGAUUUGACAGUAUGCUAUGAUGAAAGAGGCGCGAAGUACGAGCUACCCAAGUACGUUUUGAGCGAGCCAACUAACCUGAUUCAAGACAGUUAAAUAACAAGGAGUAAAUAUAGUAACAUUCAUGGGAAGCAUAUUGUAAAUCAUGUAUAUUUUUAUCUCAUUGAUUUGGUAACUUUCAUAGGGUAGCAACUUUUUGCAUUUCCAACUGUAUUCACCUUUGAAAUCUACCUUAUAUAUGUUUCCUCAAUCAACUGAACAAGAAAUUAUGUCUGUUCUGAAUCAGAUGAUGACAAGUAUCAUCACUCUUUGGCAAAUAUAAACUCAAUUGUGUAACUUCCUUUUCAGAUGAGUAAAGUGCAAUAAGAUAAUGACUCAACAUUUUUUUUA